AUGUUGUUGAAAUAUGACUGUGCAAAUGUUGAUUGGUUGAAUGAUUUGUAUAAAAUCAAAGAGAUGUGGUGUCCAGCUUUUUCAAAGAAAUAUUGGUCAGGAGGUGUGCUUUCAUCUCAACGUAGUGAGACAACUAACAAAUCAGUUUCUCAAAGGCUUAACAAGACACAAGGUCUAUGUGAUUUCUAUCAAGUGUUUCUCGAUGUGGUUCAAGAGUGGAGAAGCAAAGAAAAAGGGAGAGAUUAUAAUACAAUCAGAGGUAAUCGUCAUUUGGCCUUUGCAUACAUUGGGAUUCUUGUUCAUGCUAGAUCAUUGUAUACUAUUCAAGCUUAUGUGCUUUUUGAGGAAGAGUUCAUUAAGGGUACUACUUGUGAUCAUAAGGAUGCUGGUGUGAAUUUUCCUGAAUAUUAUUAUCAUUUGUGGAGACCUGGGAAAGAUAUGAUCAAGCACGAGGUUGUUUUUAAUAAAGAAACACAUGCAAUAUGUUGUACAUGCAUGUUGUUUAGUGAAAUGGGUUUGCUUUGUUCUCAUGCUCUUCGAAUUUAUCAUAUGAAUUGUGUUCAUAAGAUUCCAGAUGACUAUAUAUGUAAGAGGUGGACUAAGGCUGCUAUGUGUAGUCAUGGCCUUGAUGAACCUACAAUGAAAACCAAUGUAGUAUCUACAAGUGUUUGGAGGACACAAACACUAAGGAAAUUUGUUAAGUUGGUAACAAGUUGUCAAUACUCUUUGAAUGCUAGAGCAGAGGUUGAAUGUUAUUUCAAUAUUUUAAAAGAAAAGAUUGAGAGUGUUACUGGUACUAUUGAUUUUAAUGAACCGGUUGAAGGUAUUGAAAUUGUUGAUCAUGAAGUUAAGAAUCCGGCAAAAUCAAGACCUAUUGGAGAGAGGAAUUAUAGGCCUAAGAGUAAUUUAGAGAAGGCUUAUAACAAAGCCAGGGGUCAGUGGAUGAAAAAAAGUCAGCAUACACUCCUUAUAAAAGAUCUAAAGGUCAAGCAGUAGUUCAGGAAUUGGACGAGAAUGGGUGUCCUAUAUCUUAUGCUAAUUCUUUGGCUGAUCCUAAUGAGUUAAUUGUGAUUGAAGAUCCAAAUGCUCAGGUAAAAACGUAUUUUCUUUUUUUUUAUCUGUUUUUAUCAAAUUCUUUAGAAUAUAAAACAUUUUUACUUUUAAUUUUUUUUUCAAGGUUUGUAAUAAAAAGACUGCCAUUGUAGAAGAUAUCCCUUCAGAUGAUAGUGUUUCAAAUGACUUUGAACAGGUAUUAUGUAAAUGAUUAUGUAUGUAAUUGUAGUUGUUCAUUUCAGUAGUUUAAGUUGUGAUUAUAAUGUUUUUAUAAUUUUCAUUUUGUUAUAGAAAUAUAGAUAUAGCUCUAUGCAAUCA